AUGUCUGAUAGCGCUCUUUGGCGGCGUGACGGUGCCGAGGAGUUCCUCAAGCUUAUCCAAGACCCGUUCAAGUCAGCAUUCCAAAUCAACGCCGUCUGGGCUUCUUUGGCCACUUCUGCAGGGUUCGCCGUCGUUCUCGCUCUUCUCUUCUCUCUCUUUCGACCUCGUCAUACCCUCAUCUACGCCCCAAAAGUUAAACAUGCCGACCGCAAACACGCCCCCCCGCCGGUUGGGAAAGGGUUUUUUUCCUGGAUCCGGCCGGUCGUCCGUAUCAAGGAACCCGAGCUGGUCGAGUGUAUCGGCCUCGAUGCUACUAUCUUCGUCCGGUUCACCAAGAUGUGCCGCAACAUCUUCAUCUUCCUUAGCAUAAUUGGAUGCGGAGUUAUGAUUCCUGUGAAUCUUACUCGGAGCAACAAGGUCGAUGGUUCCAACGCCUUUUCAACAAUGACUCCUCUGUAUCUUGAAACCAAUGCGAUUUGGAGUCAGGUCGUCUGCGCCUGGGCUUUCAACAUAAUCAUUGCGUACUUUUUGUGGAGGAACUACAAGGGUGUUCUGGGACUGCGGAGGAGAUAUUUCGAGAGCUCCGACUACCAACGCAGUCUUCAUGCUCGGACUUUAAUGAUGACAGAUAUUCCCCCAGACAUACGCAGCGACGAAGGGUUCUUGCGGUUGACCGACGAAAUUAACCCUACUGCGGCGCUCCCUCGGACAUCCGUUGGUCGGAAUGUGAAGGGCAUUCCGAAGCUGAUUAAAGAACAUGAAGAGAUGGUGCGCCAGCUUGAAUCCGUUCUGGCCAAAUAUCUCAAGAACCCGGAUCGACUACCACCAAAUCGCCCCACGAUGCGUCCGCCUCGGAGCCUAAGAGCCGACCAUGGAAGCGGCAAAGUUGAUGCCAUUGAUUUUCUGACUGAUCGCAUCCAGAGGCUGGAGGAGGAGAUCCGCCAUGUCCGCAAUUCUAUUGACAAGCGCAAUGCCAUGUCAUAUGGGUUUGUCAGCUGGGACAAAAUUGAACAUGCCCAUGCGGUAGCAUACGUGGCUCGCAACAAGCAUCCCCAUGGCACAACUAUUCGUCUAGCUCCUCGACCGAGCGAUCUGAUUUGGGAAAACCUUGCCCUGUCCAAGUCGGCACGGAGAUGGAAGAAAUUUGUUAUGUUUCUUUGGGUGACUGCGUUGACCAUUGUGUGGAUUGCACCUAACGCUCUGAUUGCCAUCUUUCUUUCCAACUUGUCGAACCUGGGUCUCGUCUGGAAAGACUUUCAGACUUCGCUCAACGGCAGUCCUCGGGUUUGGGCCGCUGUUCAAGGUAUCCUGGCACCCGCAGUGACGUCGCUAGUUUAUCUUAUCCUGCCCAUCAUUUUCCGCCGCUUGUCAGCCUCAACUGGUGACUCUACAAAGACUAUCCGAGAACAGCACGUGCUUAGGCACCUCUACUCUUUCUUUGUAUUUAACAACCUCAUCGUAUUUUCUCUCUUCUCAGCGGUCUGGACUUUUGUUGCGGCGGUCGUUGACUUGAAAAACAAGAACGAGGAUCCUUGGCAAGCGGUUCAAGAUGGGCAGUUCUACACCAAAUCCGUUAGCGCCAUGUGCCAGGUGUCUCCGUUCUGGGUGACAUAUCUUCUGCAGCGAAACAUGGGUGCUGCAAUUGACCUGGUGCAGCUGGUUAACCUCCUUCGGGUGUGGUUUGCCAAAACCUUCCUCUCCCCAACACCUCGACAGACCAUCGAGUGGACAGCGCCGCCGGCGUUCGACUACGCCAGUUACUACAACUAUUUCCUAUUCUACGCAACCGUUGCCAUAUGCUUUGCAACCCUGCAACCUAUCGUGCUCCCGGUUACUGCGUUGUAUUUCGGCUUGGAUGCAAUGAUGAAAAAGUACAUGCUUAUGUACGUAUUUGUCACAAAAAACGAAUCCGGUGGCCAAUACUGGCGUGUCCUGUUCAACCGACUGGUGUUUGCGACGAUUUUGUCUGAUGUGAUCAUUGCUCUGGUAGCAAAGGCAAAAGGAACCUGGACCAUGGUGUUUUGCAUUGUGCCGCUCCCGUUCUUGAUGCUCCUGUUCAAGUGGUACUGCAUGAGGACAUUUGACCACGACUGCACCUAUUACAACAAGGCCAAUUUGAAUGAUUCUGAAGCACUUGCUGUUGGCAAGUCGGUCAAGUCGUCGAAAGACCGACUUGCUUCCAGGUUUGGCCAUCCAGCUUUGUACCGACAGCUAAUUACGCCGAUGGUGCACGCCAAGGCAGCAGACGCCCUCAAGCAGAUCUACCGUGGUCGUUUGGGAGAUACAGAGAUCGAGGGAGAGUAUUCAGACAUUGUGAUGGACCCAAUGAUGAAGUCUCAACCUGGAAAGACUAUGCAGGACUCUUCGGCGCCGUUCGAGGUCGUUCCGGAGCAUCAUCUCGACUUCUCUUACUUCAAGGACCGUGCCGACUUCCAGGAGGAGUUCGGCGGAGGAAUCUACGGCCGGCCAGAGGAUCUCAUGACUGAGCGCUCACAAACACCCCGGAGCACCUUGGGUGACUGGUCUCCCACCUCCUCGCGAGCGUCCUCUCCUGCCCCCUCCGUUCCAAGUCUGCCGAUGCUCAAACCGGAAGAUCAAGAUCCGCGAUUACACGAUAUUCAUCCUGCCUUCCGCCCAACACCAUUAAGGUCGGAUAGUGGUCUAAGCCGAGGACUUUACCAGCACGAGAACGAAAGUGAAACCGAGCUCCUGGCUCAAGCACAAGCGCCCGCUGCAGUCCCGACCAUCCAGCCGUGGCGCCCGUCAGGGUAUGGUCCUGUUGACCAGGACGAACCUGCUUUUACCUCGUACGAGCAUUAUCGGACAAGGUGA